AUGGGGGGACAGGGGCAGCACGACGGCCUGGCCGUGAAAGGGCAAAAACACCCGUUGUCAGGGGAGGACGGGAAUGAAAAUCCAGGCCCAGGAUUCAAUAGUGUAACUCAUCAGUCCGCAGAGAUCAACAGCUCCUCGUUGUCAAAGAAACGAACCGGAUACUUCCCUUCUCUGAAAAUCUCCAACUACCCAGCUGCAAACGCCUACAAGAUCUCACCAUCUUUUCAAUCCAAGCAAGACUUCAGCAAGGGAACCUCUAGCACAUUUCAACAACCCAUUGCUAGGAAGUCUGAGAAAAUCCCCACUCCAGCACGUCACUACACCACCAAGGAUUCCCUCAUUGAGGUGUCUCCCGAGGGUAUAGCUUCUUGCUUCAAGUCAAAGACCUCCUGCCUAACAAGGAUGGACAGGUUUAAUCCAGAGCCUGCAGAAAUUCUGUUUGACUCUGCUCCAUCCAUCCCACCCCGUAAAGAUCCUCCUUUGCCUGGGCAGUGUGACCUCGUGGAUUACAAAGGGUCUCUGAAGCAGGACUGCUCCACGGACAGAGCGCAGAUCACAGGAAGGGUUCCCUCAGCCAGGUAA